AUGUCCGUCGCCAUUGAAACCACCGAGGCUCCCACUGCCCCCACCACUGCCCAGCCCGUCAUGAUGGGCCAAAAGUCGCGCAUGCCCGAGUUCAGUCUCGCUGGCAAGGUUGUCUGCGUUUCUGGUGCCGGCCGUGGCCUGGGUCUGACCCAAUCCGAGGCCCUGCUGGAAGCCGGUGCGAAGGUGUACGCCCUGGACCGUCUGGAGGAGCCCGCUCCCGAAUUCGCACAGAUCCAGCAAAAGGCCAAGGAACUCGGAACGGAGCUGCACUACCGUCGCAUUGACGUGCGGGACACCGAGUUGCUCAACAGCGUGAUUGAGACGAUUGCCAACACCGAGGGUCGCAUGGACGGCCUGGUCGCUGCGGCGGGCAUCCAGCAGGAGACUCCGGCUCUGGAGUACUCUGCCAAGGACAGCAACACCAUGCUCGAGGUCAACGUGACGGGUGUGUUCAUGACUGCGCAGGCCGUGGCCAAGCAGAUGAUUCGCUUUGGCAACGGAGGCAGCAUUGCGAUGAUCGCCAGUAUGAGCGGCACAAUUGCCAAUCGGGGUCUCAUCUGCCCCGCCUACAACGCCAGCAAAGCAGCCGUCAUCCAGCUGGGCCGUAACCUGGCCGCCGAGUGGGGCCAGUAUAAUAUCCGCGUCAACACUAUUUCCCCGGGCUACAUCGUCACCCAGAUGGUUGAGAAGCUGUUCGUCGAGUUCCCCGAGCGCCGCGAACAGUGGCCCAAGGAGAACAUGCUGGGCCGCCUUUCCCGCCCGGAAGAGUACCGUGGCGCCGCGGUGUUCUUGCUCAGCGAUGCAAGCAGCUUCAUGACUGGUAGUGACCUGCGCAUGGACGGUGGCCAUGCCGCGUGGUAA